CAAAGAAGCCCCCCACGCCCCGGCCGGCACCCAAACCCAUGGGAUCGGCCCUGUGCCACCCCCGCUAAUUAAGAGGGGCGAGAGCUCCCAUCCCUUUUGCCAUGUGUUACCUGAAUUCCCUGGACCCUUCGUGCAAAACCAGCUGCUUGCGCUCGUGCGCUCGUGCGCUCGUCCACUCAUUCUUCGAGAACCAGUCUGCGGGGACGCGCCAGGGGUGGAGAGCAGAAACAACCCAACGAAACGAAACACACUUCUUAUUAGUUCACAAGGUGUCAUUCGACGGCCAUCGGUGAACCUCUUUACUUAUUUAUUUAUCAUGAGCCCACCGUCAUACCGAUCCAUUCAACCAGCACCGGUCAGGGGCGCGAGGUCUGGGAGCGGCGCCCCCUCUGGCUCCUCCAGUUCCUCCGGCUCCACCGGCUCGGGCUGGCUCAGCGCAAAGGGGCUCACAAAGAGACUGAAAGCAGUGACACAAGCAUGCCAUACAUGCCGCCGUAACAAGGCAAAGUGUGACGGCGUGCGACCUCGGUGUGGCGCUUGCACUUCGAGAUCUUCCCCUUGUGGAUACGAUGGCGAGGCCGGACAGUCGCGACAGGCCGCUCUCAGGGCUCGCCUCGAGGAGCUGGAGAAGAUGGUAAAGGACCUCCAGUCAAUGUCCGACACCGACGCCGAACGCUAUCUCCGUCGCAUCAGAUCCUCAGCAAAUGAUUCGUACAUUGCCCCGCUUCUCAGCACCGAGACGGACGAUCGAUCCACCAGACAAGCAACCGUCGCAGCCUCCUACACAUCUUCCGAGUCUUCUUUUCCCGAUCGCUCCCCAGAGGCCUCGACUUCUCCCGCCGCCUCCGGAACUAGCGGAAUUGCAGUCACGUCGUUAUCUGACGAUCCGUCGCCCUCCCCAAGAGCAACACAGUCGCCAGCCACUGAUGACCUCGCCGCCCUCUUACACUUCGAUCUGCCUCUCCCCAGCGCCAAAACAACAUGGGCCGGCGUCCAGAGCUUCUUCAGCUCGUGUGGAAAGCUCUUCCAUAUCUACACCCAGGAGCAAAUGCUGGACUACUACCGGGCCGUGUUUGGCAUCGACGGCAAGGCCGACACCUCCCAAAAACUGGCCAUAUGUUGUCUGUAUGCUUUCGCCUCGGUAGGUAUCCAGUACAACGCCGGCGAUUUCCAGAAGGGCCUGGGGGAGGCGUUCCACAAUGUCAGCCGCCGCUUCUUCUCCGAAGUCAUGGAGGACCGACCCCUCGACACCAUCAAGGUCUGCACGCUGUUUGCCAUGUAUAACAUCAUCGACAAAGCGACGGUGGCCCUGGCUUACGUGGAGGUUGGUCUCAGCAUGUCCAAGAGACAGAGCCAGAGUACUGGAGCCUGCCAUCCCUCCAUGAUCUCGUCAGAAGAGUGGAUCGACUUCCGGAGGACUUGGCGGGCCUUGCUAUUCUUCGCUAGUUGGCUUUCCUCAACCCUUGGGUAUAUUUCCGGUUCAGACGACUCCGAGUUUGCGAAACUCCUCCCGAUAGCCGAGCAGGAUCACGACAGCUACAGCGCGGAGCUGGGUGAGCUCGUCCAAGCCGAGAUGACCAAGAUAUCGCUCCUCCAAGCCGGCAUCCUGCGCAACCACCUCGCCGUCCAGGAGCUCACGACGCUGGGCAUGGACGGGGCGAUCCGCGAGCUCCAAGACUGGCACAGCCAGCUCCCCGAAGCGAUGCAGCUGCAGAGCCUGUACCGGACCGACUGGCCGCCGCUGGUGCGCUGGUCCAUCUACCACCUGCACCUCCUCUACCACGGCGCCUUCAUGCUGGUGUACCGCCGCAUCGCCGCCCACUGCGUCCGCCUGCAGCGCACCGGCGGCGACCUCGCCGUGGCCGGCCGCGAACCCACCCUCAGGAGCCUGGUCGAGCAGGGCAUCACCUCGGCCCGCGAUACCGCCCGCAUCGUUAGCCUGCUGCUCGGCGAGCAGGGCGUCUUCAAGCGCUGCUGGAUCGUCAUCUUCGCCUCGCACACGGCCUGCGUCGUAAUCCUGCACUCGGUCGCCCAAAAGCAACUCCACAACUUCCCCCCCUCCGCCUGGGCCGAGGACAUGAAGCGAGCCCAACAAUGCAUCGACGUGCUGGGCUACUGCGGCAACGCCGACCCCGUCGCGCUGCGCUUCCGCGUGCGGCUCUCGGGCAUCUACGACAGCCUGGUGUCGGCGUCCGAGGCCGCCACCCCCCCGCACGCCGCCCGCAUGCGCCGCGUCGAGGACUGGGUGCCGCCCCACCCCGAUGCCGCCCCCGACGACCUGCCCGCCUACGCCGAGCCCCACCCGGUCGAGUACCUCUUCACCGCGCCCGCGGCGGGGGCUGGGCCCGCGGCGAGCCUGGCGCUGUCGAACCUGGCGUUUUCGUUGCUGUUCGCGCUGUGCCGGCCGUGGACGGACCCGGCUAGUAUCGCGGGGGUUUCGGGGACCGGUGCGGGUGGUGGGACCAAGAUGGUGGGGGUUGGGUCGGAGGAUGGGGAUGGUAGUAGUGACGGGGGCCGGGUGGCGCACCCGCCGCUGGAGAAGCUGGAUUGGGACUUUGAGAAGGUGACGCCGUUCCGGUGGGAUACCGAUGGGAUGGGGAUGCUGAAGGAGGGGGAGGUGGUCGGGGCGGGCGGCUGUUUCUUGGAUAGUGAAGGGCCGAGUGGCUGGAGGCAGGCGGAGGAUCUGGAGGAGGGCGGGGGGCAGUUGCAGGAGGUGAAGGAGGAGUGGACGGGUUCGGACCAGAUGGUGUUGUGUUGAUGAUGCCUAGGUGGCGUCGGGCUUACCAGGACCUGUGCGUACCGGAUGUUGUUGGAGUUGGGGCGAUUGCGGUCUGCGACAUGUUAGCGGCGGUGUUCUCUUGCCUUCUUUUCCCCGUAUCACCUCUAGGCCUGUCCCCGAGGGUCGGACACCAAGGAUCCAAAGUAUGCUUAUGGAUACGGGGCAGAACUUGUUGGAACUGGUUGUACACAAGAAACAAAUUGCUAUUCGGAGAGAUCUGAAACCCAUGCCGCCCUCGGCAGUCCGUUCAUCAAACGCCUUGACCAGCCAAAUGGUC